GGAUGUGAGGUAAGCGGGUAGGCGGGACUGAGCGCUGGGUGAAAGUGUGUAGUCACUGUGUGUGAGCGGAUCACAGCGUUAAUAAGAAUAUCUGCGGUUUAUUAAAGUAUAUGAACAGUUUUUCUCUGUAGUUUGGGUGUUUCUUCAGCAGCGCCAGCAUGUCUAUUAUGUCGUAUAACGGAGGGGCCGUCAUGGCGAUGCGUGGGAAGAACUGUGUUGCGAUUGCGUCGGACCGGAGGUUCGGAAUCCAGGCUCAGAUGGUCACCACUGACUUUCAGAAGAUCUUCCCCAUGGGUGACAGACUCUACAUCGGCCUGGCAGGACUGGCCACAGAUGUGCAGACAGUAUCUCAACGACUUAAAUUCCGCCUUAACCUAUAUGAGCUGAAGGAGGGUCGGCAGAUCAAGCCAAAGACCUUCAUGAGCAUGGUGUCCAACCUGCUGUAUGAGAGGAGGUUUGGACCCUACUACAUUGAGCCUGUGAUUGCUGGUCUGGACCCCAAAACCUCAGAGCCCUUUAUCUGUUCACUGGACCUGAUUGGAUGCCCCAUGGUAACAGAAGACUUCGUGGUGAGCGGCACGUGCUCAGAGCAGAUGUACGGCAUGUGCGAGUCGCUGUGGGAACCUGAUAUGGAGCCAGAUGACCUGUUUGAAACCAUCUCACAGGCAAUGCUGAAUGCUGUAGAUAGAGAUGCAGUUUCUGGUAUGGGAGUUAUAGUCCACGUCAUUGAGAAAGAUAAGAUCACCACACGGACCCUGAAGGCCAGAAUGGACUAGAGAAAACUGCUGCUGCUGCUCUCCUUCUACUGCAUCCUCUUUUUCUACUGCAAUAAAACAAUUCAUGACCCCAAAAGAGUUCUUCUUUUAAGCACGCUGUUCAAUAAAUUCAAUGUAGUGA